AGACGACUCAGCCUCCACAGACACACACCGACCAGCCAGUUUCGCUUCUUCUUCUUUUUUUUCCCCCCUCUCAAUGUUAUGCGGUUACAAUGAUGUGAGGAUGGCUAAACGACCGGGGACCGACGACGGCAUGUUGACUUCGCCCACCAUUCUCCGGGACUUCGCCGCCGAACUGAACGCCGGAGACGUGAGCAUGGACUGCGGCGACGGAGCCGAGGAGGUCUCCCUGGAGGAGAUCCUGACUCUGUACAGCCAGCCGAUAAACGAGGAGCAGGCCUGGGCUGUGUGUUAUCAGUGCUGUCGGACUUUAGCGCAGAAACACAGGAGGAAAAGCUCCAGGAGCGCCGGUGCCCCCGCGGCCGGCUACCCGAAGAGAAUCGAGGGACCCGGGGACGUGAGGAUCGGGAGAGACGGCACCGUCAAACUGCACUUUGAAGACAGCACAGAUAAAUACCGGUCGGCCCCUACGUCAUUAGAGGUUAUUGACUCACUGGGCGUCAUGAUCUACAAAGCUCUGGAUUACGGCCUCAAACAAAACGAAGAGCGCGAACUCAGCCCUCCGCUGGAGCGCCUCAUCGACAUGAUGACCAACACCGAGGAAACCGAGAGUGACUCCUGUCCUGACGAAGGCUACGAGGCCACGGAGGAAGAGGAUGAGUGCGAGGAAGGAGAGGAGGAAGAGGAGCUCGUCUCUGCUACCUCCGCCGGCACAGUCAGCAGCAUCCAGAGCUAUCGAGACAUCAUCAUGAUAUGUUCCUCCCACCUGCCCAGCCCAUCAGACGCCCCCAACCACUACCAGGCCGUGUGUCGGGCUCUCUACGCCGAGAGCAGGGAACUACACACCUUCUUGGGGAAGAUCAAGAGUGCCAAGGAGAACCUUCGAAGGAUGGAGGGCGAGACUCAUGAGGACCCCGUGAAAGACCUCGAUGAGCUGCAAAACGCAGAUUGGGCACGCUUCUGGGUUCAGGUCAUGCGAGAUCUACGAAAUGGCGUCAAGUUGAAGAAGGUUCAGGAGCGUCAGUACAACCCGUUACCAAUUGAAUACCAGCUCACGCCCUAUGAAAUGCUGAUGGAUGACAUCCGCUCCAAACGUUACAAGCUGCGUAAAGUCAUGGUGAAUGGAGACAUCCCUCCAAGGUUAAAGAAGAGCGCACACGAGAUCAUUCUUGAAUUCAUCAGGUCACGACCCCCUCUCAACCCUGUCUCGGCUCGUAAACUGAAACCUCACCCUCCACGUCCCCGGAGCCUCCACGAGCGACUGCUGGAGGACAUCAAGGCUGAAAGGAAGCUCAGGCCGGUUUCACCUGACAUGAUCCGCAGAAGCCGCCUGGGUGCAGGGAAAAGCAUCAGCACUCCUCAGGACUUGUUCCGCAGUUCAGACACUCCUGACGCACAGAGGAAGUUGGCUGGCAGCACUCAGUCUCUGGCCAGCGGCACCACGGGACCCAAUCAGAGUGGAGUGCAGCCACUCACACAGAGGAAGAGGCUGCUCAGAGCGCCCACGCUGGCCGAGCUGGACAGCUCCGAAUCUGAUGAGGAGCCCACACGCAGCAGCUCCAGUAUGUCCACGUCUUUGGUGGAGGACACGUCUCCCGAGUCUGUCAUGACAUUCCCAGGGAAGAAAGCUCCUCCGAAGUUCUUGCCCAUCUCUGCCACCCCCCAGCCGGACAAGCGCCAGUCUCCACAGAGGCGGCACUCCAUCGAGAAGGAAGCCCCCACCAGCGUCCGUCCUUUCGUGCCACCAACCAGACAGGCUUCCAAGUCUUUGGUGGAAGCUGGCAGCAGUGCUCAGGGCACGGAGGAGUUCUGCUACCCAGUGGAGUGUCUGGCUCUGACCGUGGAGGAGGUGAUGCACAUCAGACAGGUGCUCGUCAAGGCCGAGCUCGAGAAGUUCCAGCAAUACAAAGACAUCUACAACGCUCUCAAGAAAGGAAAGCUUUGCUUUUCGUGUCGGACCAAAAGGUUCUCCCUCUUUACCUGGUCCUACACCUGCCAGUUCUGCAAAAGGCCUGUGUGUUCCCAGUGUUCUAAAAAGAUGCGGCUGCCGUCUAAGCCCUACUCCACGCUGCCCAUCUACUCUCUGGGCCACAGCGCUCUGACUAAAGAGGAGGGUGGCGCAGCUUCUGGCCCCGCCGAGCCAGAUAAGCAGCCCUUUGGGUCUGCACAAAGCCGACACAGCUUACGCAGAAGCGUUUCUAAGUUGUCCAAGCACAGCAGCAGCAAAGACAGACAGUCGCUGGACGAGCCAGAGCUGCCCAAGGAGCUGACCGAGGACUGGGUGGCCAUGGAGGUCUGUGUAGACUGCAAAAAGUUCAUCACAGAGAUCAUCUCCUCCAGUAAACGCAGCCUGUGUGUGGCCUCCAAGCGGGCUCGUCUCAACCGCAAAACCCAAUCCUUCUACAUGUCAUCGUCCAACUCGGUCAACUUCAGGCCCUCGGAGCGCACCAUCAACGAGGUGUAGGACUGUCCUGUGCACUUUUGUUAGCAUCUCUCUCAGACCUUAGUCAUUCAAUAAAAAAUAACAAAAAAAAUAAAAUCCCCUAGUUUUGAAACGGACUGAUUAACUGCAUUUUGUACAUAUGAAUGGGGAUUUAAAAUAAAUAACCAGAUGCUACCAUGAAGCCAGUCCUUCCCACCCUAGUAAGCUAGUAGAGGUUCUUAUACCUUAUCCCCUCUCAGGAAAAGUUGUUAUCGUUGGUCGUAGCUGGUCAGGACUCUGCACUAGCUGCCAGAUAACGAAGGACAGCCAUGUUUCCGUAAGUGGCAGCAACAAUUCAGGGCAUGUUGCGUAAACUGAGCUGCUGACGUCCCCGUUGUGAACCAGGUAAGGGUUUGCGCUGCCAUAGAAGUGAUAGCAGAUGACACAGAAAGCCAAAAGUGGCAGUGACAUAUUGUAAAUAGUUCCAAGGCCCAACCUUAAUCUUAGCUAUCAGUACGUUUUCCAGUUCCUGUUUACUUCAAGCACUCAGGAAGAACAACCGAUUGUCUUUUGACAGAAAUGCACUGUAGAUCCUCCUGUCAGGUCUGCUGGGGUAGAUCUCUGCCAGUCCCCUGCUCCUCCUCUUAUUCUUCCAGCAACAAUUAUGCCAAAUGUUACAUCUUUCAUUUUUAUUUUCGCCAGUUUAAAUGCAUAUUUACUAUAAUCUACUGUUGCUGCGAUGAAAUGAGAAAAGUCUGAUUAUUUUUCUGGGCGGAUUUUAGUUUUGAGGUAAAAUGUAUAUUCAAUUCUGUGCCUGGUGCCAAAAUGUAUUUUUUGUUUUCUCUCAUUGCCUUUGUAGUCAUGGACCUACUGUACAUAUGUGUCAUAAAGUAAAUGGGGGAGGGCAUUUUAGGUUAAUUCAAGGUUUGGUCUCUUGCCCCCUCCAUUCUCCAAACAGGGCAAUAGAAGCACAGACAUGUAGGGUAUGUGAAUGUGUACAUGCUGUAAAUCUUAACGGUUCCAAAAAUGAAAUUUAAUAUAAGAUUCUGAACUAAGUCAAAGUAUAAUUUUACCAUGUUUCAAGAUUUCUUUAUUUGAAAAUGUUCAUUUAUUAUUAGUUCUAUAUUCUAUUUCUGUCAUAAGAUUUUAUUUCUGUUAUGUUUGUAUAGUUUAUAAACUUCUCAGUGUUAAGAUUUUUCUUAAUUAAAAAUAGCACUUUUAUUUAAAAGAAAAAAAUAUAGUUUAUGUUGGGUUUUUGUCUUAAUUAAUAAGUAUUAAAAUGUUUAUUUUUUUUCAGUGCCAUUUCCCAGGAUUCCUCAUUGAAUGAAAAUGUGUGUGAGUGGCUGCUGGUAGAAAAGAAUAAUGACUAAAACAAAGCGCUCCAAUGAGUUGAAUGUAGGCAUUUUAAGUGUAUAACUGUCAUUGAAUAGGCUUUAUGAACAUUUUAUUUCCUUUUAAAAGACUCUCCCGUUCACAGUCACACACACACACACACACACACACACACAGACACACAUGUUCACGUAGUGUGUUUUGUGACAGUCGUUACCAAAUGAACACAAAGCCUAACCAGCCUGGUAAUUAUCGAUGCCAUGUUCCAAAAAGUCCAUCCGACAAGUUUUAUUUUAGACCUCUGUUAGGAAUGUGUGCAUGCUGUACUGUGAUCUGUUUGUUUUUAUGAAGGUAAAUACAAUAAAAUCAACAUGAUUCUUA